AUGGCAACCUCUGCAGCUUUAGCCAUUUUUGCACUUUGUCUCUCUUGCUUAGUCUCCUUUGAUGCUGCCUCUAAACCUAGCCAGGGCUUUAGUGUGGAACUAAUUAACAGAGACUCACCAAACUCUCCCUUCUACAAUCCUGAAGAAACUCGCACUCAACGCUUGGCUAAUGCUUUUCGUCGAUCGAUAAGCCGUGUCCAUCAUUUUAGCCCUGAAAGUCAAAUAUCUACCAAAGCCGCAGAGUCUGAUGUAUUCUCAAACCAAGGUGAUUAUCUCAUGAGAAUUUCAAUUGGCACACCACCUUUUGAAAUUCUAGCCAUAGCAGACACAGGCAGUGACCUUAUAUGGACACAAUGUGAGCCCUGCAGUAAUUGUUAUCAACAAAAUGUUCCUCUUUUUAAUCCAAAAUCUUCCUCAACUUAUAGAGACUUCUCCUGCUCUUCAAGACAAUGUACAACAACGAGUGGAACCAAAGAUUGUGACAGUGAUGGGAUUUGCCAUUAUGAGGCUUCUUAUGGAGACGGCUCCUUCACUAAUGGAAAUCUUGCAGCUGAGACCAUCACCUUGGAUUCUACAAGUGGCCCCCCUGUGUCUUUCCCUAAUUCUAUAAUUGGUUGUGGACAUAACGAUGGAGGAACCUUUGGACCCGAAGGUUCAGGCAUUGUUGGACUUGGAGGUGGUUCUGUUUCCCUUGUUUCUCAACUGGGUUCUACCAUUGGUGGCAAAUUUUCCUACUGUUUGGUGCCAGCAACAGCAAACUCAAGCAAGUUGAAUUUUGGAAGCAAUGCGGUGGUUUCAGGAACAGGAGUCCAGUCGACCCCAUUAACCUUCCAAAUUCUUAAAACCUUCUACUUUCUGACACUGGAGGCUAUAAGUGUUGGACACCAAAGAGUAGAAUUUCCUGGUUCUACCCCUGGAACCGGAAACAUUAUUAUUGAUUCUGGAACCACAUUGACGUUAGUCCCAGAAGACUUUUUCUCAGAUUUGUCUUCAGCAGUUGAUAAUGUGAUCCGUGGACAACGCGCCAAUGACCCCACCGGCACUUUCAGUCUCUGCUAUAGUAUUCAAUCUGAUCUAAAUAUUCCUACAUUGACAGCCCAUUUCACUGGUGCAGAUUUGGAGCUGCAACCUCUAAACACAUUUCUUCCAGUUUCUGAUGAUGUUACUUGUCUUGCUUUUGUGCCUAAUAGUCAAAUUGCAAUAUUUGGUAACGUGGCGCAGACGAACUUCUUGAUAGGAUAUGAUCUUGAAGGGAAAACCGUGUCCUUUAAGCCAACUGAUUGCACCACUGAGUAA